UUCGCGGGGCGAAGGUGAGGGAGCCUCGGCUCGGGUGCCUCGAGUUCUCGGGAUACAAAAGUGGUGCGCACGGUGGUCGCUCUCGUCGCCCUCGUCGGACGGACGUCUGCGGACGUCGGACGGAGACUUGCUCUCCGAUGAUUGAUGGCCACAGUCAGCUGUGUGCUUACUCUGUGCGCGCUCACGACAAGGCGAGGGCACGCCGUGGCGAUAGAGAUGCGCGUGAUGUGCUGAGGGACGACGACGACGACGACGACGCGACACGCUGCUGAUUCCGCGCGCGCGGCCGACUAUCGACUUGCGUCGUGAGGGAGGCGUGUGUUUGUUUGGGCGCAAAGGAACACCGUCAAGAUGGUAGAGCCCAUCUUCGACUACCAAUUCCGACUGAUCCUGAUCGGCGACAGCACGGUCGGGAAGAGUUCUCUCCUCAAGUACUUCACCGACGGCAAGUUCGCGGAGCUUUCAGAUCCAACCGUGGGUGUGGAUUUUUUUGCACGCUUAAUAGAAGUUAAAGAUGGUACAAGGAUAAAGUUACAAUUAUGGGAUACAGCUGGUCAAGAGAGAUUUAGGUCGAUAACGAAGUCUUACUACAGAAACUCUGUAGGUGCGCUUCUCGUGUAUGACGUUUGUAAUAGAGCGAGUUUCGAGCAUAUCCCCCAGUGGAUGAUGGAGGCUCGCAGACAUAUCGAGCCUCAUCGUCCAGUAUUUGCUCUGGUAGGCUGUAAGUUGGAUCUCGUAACUAACGGCGGUAGACGGGAAGUCUCCAAGGAAGAAGCCAGAGCGUUCGCCGACGAGCAUGGUGUACAUCAUAUUGAGACCAGUGCGAAGACUGGUGUAAAUGUUGAAGAUGCGUUUCGAACGGUUACGCAGGAGGUUUACAACAGGAUACAGACCGGCGAAUACAAGGUAGAGGAUGGCUGGGACGGCAUCAAAACUGGAUUUGCUAGGCCUGGUGGGUUAGAUUUUAAUCUAGUCGAGGCGGAACCGGCGAAGAGCUCGUGUUGUUAGGUCACUAGGUAUUUUUUGAUUUAUUUUUAGAAAAUGCAAAAAAAAUUUAAGAAUGCAGAUGGAAUAGUUAUUUCGGGAGAAUGUAUAAUUUAAUCAAAGCGCAUAAAUAUAAGCAUAUUGUAAUAUAUACUUAUACUCACUUAUGUGUUACAUGUUAUUAUCGGGCUAUAAAGUUAUUUAUUACAUUAAUAUAGGUUACUGUAUAUUGUACACACGAUCUUUUUUUACUUAUGUGACAGAUAACUUCCUACUGCAUUCUUUGUUUUAAGGGAAAAGACUAACAAUUUUAUCGAAAAUUACGGUUGCAUCUGGGCUAGACAUUUUUGUAUAUAGCUUGUACAAACAUCAGAUGGCUAAUAAAAUUCAUAUAAUUUCCUAGAGAGUGGUAAUUUAUACAUUGCUAGAGAGAGAAUUAACAGACUUAUAUUUUCUCGAAAUAUAAGCAUCCUAAAGACCAUUGAUCCUGUACAGACUAUUGAAAAAAAAUCACACACAGGCACACAUUUCAUCCCCUCUGAAUAUGUGCGCAACUUACCCGUUAUUUGCAACUAUUGUGCCAAGUUUAUACCUAUCCUAAAGUUAAGCAAAGAUGAUAGUAAUCGGACUAGCCUUUUUUCCUCUUGUUUGAAAGUAUUUAUUCUGACAAAUAUUAUACGCGUGUAUGUUACAAGAAUACGAAAUAUCGACAAAUUUAGGAUUGCGCAUAUUGCUUAAUCGAUUUUAACCAAGUCUGAAGUAAUGUUCAAAUUACAUUGCCUAAGCAAGUUUAUAACAUACGUUAUAAGUAUUCUUAAAUUACAAGUAACUCUCAAUUUGCCAAAACAAUAUUGCCUUGUGGGCACAUUUAAAUUUCGACAUUCGAAAGAUUCUGAUCAAAUUAUACCUAUUCUGCAAAUACUAUGAACUUUGUUAGUCAUCUGAUAUAUUAAUAAUAAAUAUUGCAACAUAUAUAAGCAUUGAAAUAGGAUUGUUUCAAAAACAAAAUACGUGCAAUAUUGUAUGAGCGUUUAAAAUACAUUCACAAUCAGGAUUCAUUUCGUCCAACAAAUUAACAAUAUUGUUCAAUAAAAAAUGACGGCUGUGCAGCUCUGUUGAAUUUAUUUUUUCUGGGAGAUAAUAAAAAUUUAUUUCUACACGAUAGUAUGUGAUUUGUUAUUUAUAAUAUACAGAGCAUCUUUUCUGUAAAGUAAGAUUGGUACAACUGGUAUUAGAAGAAGAAAUAUAAAAUUGUAUAUGUACAAAAUAAUCGGAAACACAUUUUCUACCAUUUCUUCACAGUUUGAUGAAUUGUUAUUAUCAGGGUUUGUGAAAAUACACUUGUAAUAUACGUAGCCUAUAUGCAUUGUUAAUGUUAGUGUAGUAUUGUAAAAUCUCGCUUCUUUAUGUAUUAUAAAAACAAUUUAAACGUAACCAAAGUAUAGAACAUACAAUAUUUAUGUGUAUGUACAAUUUACAAUAAUAUAUAUUAUAUAUUUUAGAUUUUUUGGGAUACAUGCGAGAUGACAUUUUUUAUAAACUGAUACGCUAUUUUGAAUAUAUUUUCUUUUAUCUGGAAUACUUUAUAUUCUGUAAGGUUCAUAAAUAUGAAAUAAUUUUCGAUUCUUCACAGUACAAUCCGAAUAAUCCGAAAAAUAAAUAAAUUUAUAUAAUUUAUAUAUAAUUUGAAAAUGUUAUAUAUACAUAGACGUAUAUCCUUAGAUUUAAUGUUAAUAUAUACACAAUGUAAUAUUUUAAGUAAAUUUUCACAGUCUGUAAGUAGUAAGAAAUGAAAUUACACAAAUAUCUUUCUUUAUUACGUUUUAUACUCAUCAGCUGUGGUAUAACGAAUAAAAAUUUAUAGAUGGUUUUAUAAGUACAAUGAAAUUACGGAAAAGCUUGCAACAUUGUUAAUAAAAUACUUAAUAUAAUCGCAUGAAAGUACCACAAAAA